AUGAUCAAGAUGAUCCAGAAGCAUGGCAUCACGCACUACAAUCUCUUCGUCACACCAGCUUCAUUGCGGGCCUUUUUCCAGGCUGAUUUAGACAACCUGAAGGGCUGGCUUCCUGGUUGGAAAAUGGCCCAACACGAUGUCACAUCCUCCUACUGGGCGACCCCAGAUCGGUUGAGGGCGAUGCUCACUGAUCCUGAUUGGCAGGGCAAGGUGGUCAAGUUCGAGGAAGGCUGGACUGAUACGUCCAGGGCUGAGUGCCAGAUCGGAUGGGAGACCACCUUCUUGCAGGAUGGAAAGAUUGUCAAUGUUGAUGAACUCAAAGAAUAUCCUAACUGA